GCUGCCAGCGAACCGGACUGAACGUCACAUUCCUGCAUUCCCCUCUUUUUUUUCCUGGGACGUCGGAGUUAACACAGGAAGGCUAAUCCUCUUUCCCACGUCUCCUUGUGAGAAACACACCCAUGACACGGCGGGUUUGAUCUCAGGAGGUGAUCCCGGAUUCCCCAGGAGUCACAAUUUCACGUCGGGGUGUUGGCUGCUUGUUGGACAUGAGGAUAUGCGUGCCAUCUCGGAACACCAAUACUGAUUUCAUGUUAUUUUUAUUCUUAAAAACGAAAACACGGCCCACUGUUUGCCGUGAUGUGUUAUGAAACCCAGCUAGAGGAGGACUUUGAAUCCCAUUUCACAGACAACAGAAUCCUGUGACCCUGUGGGAAUAGCACACAGAGACCAAAGCCAAAGAACUAGCUGGACCAUUUGAAAGCAAAUGUUGAGCAAAUGGAUGCUUGUUGACAGAGCUUUUAAUGUUGGAAAGUUGAGAGGGACCAAGGACACUUUCCUUCCAGUUGCCAUGGAGAACUCUUCGGUGGCGUCUGCAUCGUCUGAGGCUGGGAGCACACGCUCACAGGAGAUCGAAGAGCUGGAGCGCUUCAUUGACAGCUAUGUGCUGGAGUAUCAGGUGCAGGGGCUGCUGGAAGACAAGGCAGAUGAAGACUUGCACUUGGACAAUGGUGGCAAGGUGCCACAGUGGACAGACGACUGCAAUGACAAGAAAGAUGGCAGCUGGACGUCUUCGAGGGGCAGAGGUUCAUCCAAGCCAGAUGAGUGGGAGCACAGCAGUAAUGGCAGUACAGGCUCUAGGCCCAGCUCAGGGUCCAGACCUGGUUCUGGCUCACGCUCUGGCAGCAGAGGUCGAAACAACCAGUUUCAAGGGCCUGCUAAGAAUGGAAACAGAGAUGGCUCCUUCGACAUCCUAGGAACAGACAUAUGGGCUGCAAACACAAUGGACUCACGCGGGUACGUACUAGGUGCAGGUUGGGACGUGCAACCAGAGAAGCUGGACUUCAGCCAUUUCCACAGGAAACACUUCAGGGGAACGCCGAAGCAUCUACCACACAUUGACAGAGAGGGGAUGAAUAAACACAUGUUUGAGGACGAUGACGGCCUGGACAUGAAUGACAUAGAGAGGUUCCUACCCCAUUUGCGCUCUGUCUUUCCACCUCUUCCUAAUGAGGCUGAGAUCGCACACACCAAAAAGCUCUUCAGACGCAGGAGGAACCAACGCCAAAGCAAUGUCACAACAGGAAUGCAGGCUCCACACCUCACUACUGACAGGAGAUGGGAACAAAUAUUCAUUGCACAUUCAAGUCUGGGUCACAUCCACAUCCAUGUAGAGACACAGCAACAGUCCCAAUCGAUCAUCAGUAGAUACAGGCGAAAGAUUGAUCAGUUCACCAGAGACCAGUUAACCAUACUUCUGCCUACUGGCCCUGAGGGAAGGCGGCAAGUCUCAGCCAGGAGACAGCAGCGGCCUCAAGGAGGAGGAGGAGGUGGCGGAGGAGGGAAGGAGCAGCCUCAGCAGAUAUUACAGCAGUCACCACAGCACCAGAGGGAUCAAACCCAGCAGUCCCCAAACCAACAGCAGCAGAAUCUAACAGAACUGGGAGAUAACAGAAACAAUAGUGUCGGACGGCCUCCGCGCCAGUACCAGCGCCAGGGGGGACCCCCACACCAUGGAUACAGCCAGAACCGGCGCUGGCACCACAAUCAGAAGGGUCAGGGGCAUGGACAGACAAACACCACAGGUGAUAAAGGAGGCCCACCAAGAACAACCAAAGACAGAGAGACUGAGAAUGUAAAACCCGAUGACGUGCAGAUCCGACCGCCUCAAGACUACAGCACAAAGAAUCUCAAUGAAUCACCCAAAUCUGCCUCAACGCCCAUUACAAAUGUUUUCCACGAUCCGACAGCUAAUAACAGUGAAAAGGCAAGCGAGAGCUGGUCGGAGAAGCCCAAAGUCAGCUUGCUGCAGUCGUCUAAGGAGAGGCUAAGGAGGAGACUAAAGGACAAGGAGGAGGCGUGCGUGGCGGCGUCGGGCUCCGGCUCACAGAGCAUGGACCGCCUGGUGGAGCUCCUGAACAGCAUGAGGAGCAACAGCAGCGGCGUGGAGCAGCAGCUGGCCUCCUUCAUGGAAGAAGCACAGUGCUCGGCGCGGUCCGAGGAGAGCCUCGCUCAGGUGGUCAGCACAAUCUACUCGACGGCCGUGUCGGACAGGAGCUUCGCCGCCACGGCCGCCAAGCUGUGCGACAAGAUGGCGCUGUUCAUGGUGGAGGGGACCAAGUUCAGAUCACUGCUCCUCAACAUGCUACAGAGGGAUUUCUCCCAUCGUGAGGAGCUCCAGCAGUCAGAUGUGGAGAGAUGGUUGGGCUUCAUCACCUUUUUGUGUGAGGUGUUUGGAACCAUGAGGAGCAGCUCUGGGGAGCCAUUCAGGGUGCUAGUGUGCCCUAUCUACACCUGCCUACGAGAGCUGCUGGAAUCCACAGAUGUUAAAGAAGAUGCUGUGCUCUGCUGCUCCAUGGAGUUGCAGAGCACCGGGCAUCUCCUGGAGGAGCAGCUCCCCGAAAUGAUGACAGAGCUACUAGCAGCUGUCAGGGACAAGAUGCUGUGUCCCGCCGAAUCCCAGCUCACCCGCUCUCUCCUCAUGGAGGUCAUUGAGCUGCAUGCACACCGCUGGAGCCCACUGGAGGCUCUCACCACCCAGUACUACAACCGUACCAUCCAGAAGCUCACCACCACUGCCUAGGUGCCAGCCUCCCCAGGGAGGAGAGGAGACGAGCAUCGCUCUGCUCGUUUAGUGUUACCAUUAACCAGAAAUGUUUUAAUCAUGCCACCAGCCUGACAAAAUGAGAUAAUGCUUUAACAUUGAAGAUAGGCAGGCUGACGUCCAGCCCCCACACAUAGAGGCAACAUGGAAGGGCCCCUAUGACAAAACCCAGACAAAACACCAGUGACUGCGUUGCCAGUAGGGGCGUGCUUGGCUGCAUAGGGUCUGGAAGCCUGUCUGGUUUUGGACACUGAGUUAUAAAUGAGGAGACAGGAGAGGAGGGGGGGGGUGGGGGUCACGCGAGAGAGAGGAGAAGAGGGCAGCAGCCAGUCAGUGGGGAAUAGAGAGAUCCGUACCCAAUAAUGAAUGUAGGAGGGAGGGUGGUGGCCGGCGUAGUCCGUGUGAGUCUCUUCAUUGUGUUCAUUUGCCCACCACCCUCCCAUCUUUCUGUGUCUUGCUCCAUCCCCCUCCUCUGUCUCUCCGUCAGCCCCUGGGGUCUGUGUGGCUGAUAAAAGACAGGAGUAGACACGAUGCUGUCUGUCUGCGCCGUCUGCCCCGUCGGGCCAGAGGACCAGGUCAAAGGGCCUCGCUGCG